AUGAUCAACAAUAAAGUGGAUGUCAUUGCCCUUCAGGAAACACACACAACUGACGAAACCGAUUUGCAAAAACGAGGAUACAUAGCUGGAUACAAAUUAAUUGGAGCCAUCAAUCAUAAGCAAUAUGGUAUAGCAACAUAUGUCAAAAAUGAUAUUGAUACAGCAAAUGUAGUCUACAGAAGCCAUUUGAAUAACAUAUACUACCAUGUUUAUUACCAGGUUGGAAUUUAUCUGCAAAAUUGGUCGCAUGUUAUCAAUUACAUAAUUAAAGCUGAAUCUACUCCGGACUAUGUGGAAAAUCCUGAACUCCUGACCUCAUACAGUUCUAAACUUAAAUGCAUGACAGGCUUAGCUGAACUUGCUGGUCGUAAAUACAAAUUAGCUGCUCAAAAUUUCUUGAAAACCAAUCUUGAUUAUUGGGAUUCUUGCGACGUAAUGACACCUAAUGAUAUUGCUAUUUAUGGAGGACUUUGCGCAUUAGCUACUUUUAACCGUUCAGAACUUCAAAAUAACGUAAUUUGCAACAAGUAAGUUUUUCAGUAUGUAUAAAUAUUAUAGGU